AUGCUCCCGACGCUGCACGACCACCUAGUGGCGGCCUACGCGGAGUCCGGCCGGCCGUGGCCGCCGCGUGCCUCGACCCGGACGACGCCGCCGCCGCCAGCCGCCGCCCAGCAGGCUGAGCACCUCGAGCAUAUCUGCUCGUGGCACGCCGGGUGCUGCAACCCGUUCUUUGUGGCUCCGCUCCCCGAGCGCCGUGCUCUCGUCGCGGACUAUGGCCACGGGACGAUCGCGGUGGUCUGCCUGCUCAGUGGCUCUAUCCUGCACGUGAUCUCUCUUCCGCCGCAUACCGAACCGUGCGGCUCUUCGGCCCUUCGCCGACCGCUCGGCGUGGCGAGGUCGGCAGCCUCCCUCUACGUCGUUGACGGCGCGGCCGCCUGCGUGCUCCAGCUCGACCUCGAGGGCCGCCUCGUCCGCUCGUUUGGAGGGGGGGGCGACAGCGGUUUGCGUGCGUGCGGCGACGACGCGAGCCUGCCGCUGCUGGCGCCAUACGGAUGCGCCUUUGCUGCGGCCGAAGCGGGAAGCGCGUGUGGCGGCUCCGAGCGGCGCCACUCUGCCGGCGCGAGAGAGCCGCUGCUCUACGUGGUCGACUCUGGCCGCCACCGCGUGGUUGCGUACUCGGCGGACGGCAGGCCGCGCUUUGCCUUUGGGAGGCGUGGCUCGGGGGCGGGGUGCCUGCACGACCCUCGCGGCGUUGCGGUGCACGGCGGGACGGUCUGGGUUGCGGACAUGUGCAACCACCGCGUCGCCCUGUUCACGGCAGAGGGCGCUCCCGCUGGUGCCUUUGGGCGGCACGGGUCAGGCCCUGGCCGGAUGCAGUACCCUGCUGGCGUGGCGGUCAGCCGCAGCCUGCUGCUCGUCUCCGAGUACGUGGGUGGGAGGCUGCACGUCCUCUCGCUGCGAGGCGACGCCCUGCAGCUGCUCACGCCACCGCCCGCCGCAGCGCCACCCGGUGCCGCCGGCGCCUACUUGUGCGCUGUCGGCGCCGGGGGCGGGUGCGCACUUGUCCCCGACACGGACGGCGCAGUGCACGAGGCGGCGGGCGAGGCCGCGCCUCGGGCGGGCGGCAGCCGCGACGAGCGCGUGGGGCGGGCGAUGCAAGCGGCGGGGCUCGGCGACAUGCUCGCGUGCUUCGAGCCUGGUGACUUGCACGCUCUGAUGCCGGCCGUGUAUGCGGACGCCGCGGCACACCCGGAGGUGUAUCGGCACGUCGCGGCGGGUCGAUGA